UUAUCUUCUAGCGGCUCAUUGGGUUCCUCUGGCUCAGCUGGAGGUAGUGCAAGUGCAGGUGCUGGUGCAAAUGCCGGUGCUGGAAUUGGAGGUGGUCUUUCCGGUUCCUCUGGUAGUUCAUUUGGCUCUUCCGGUUCCUCUGGAUCUUUGAGCUCUGGAAGCGCAAGCGCCGGUGCAAAUGCUGGAACUGGUAUCGGCAUUGGAGCUGGUCUCGGAUUAGGUGCUGGUGGUAGUUCUUCAGCUGGUUCCAAGGGUAGUUAUGGUGCAUCUGGAUCAUUUGUUGGCGCGUCCGGAUCUUCUGGAAUUUUAAGUCAUGUAGGCGGUCUACUUGGAAAUCUUCACAGUGCUGCCGGAAAUGUUGCACAUGGUGCUGCAUCAGGAUCUACCGGUCUAGUUGGAGGUCUAUUAGGUGGUUUACAUGGUGCUGCUCAUGGAGGUGCUGCUGGUGGAUUCGGCUCUAGCGCUGCUAGUUCACAAGCUUCGGCUUCAAGUUCCUCAGGUUCAUUUGGUACCGGUCUAAGCGGUGGUUAUGGCGGUGGUAGUACUUUGGGAGGCUAUUCUGGUCACAAGGGUAGCUAUGGUGGUGCUGGUGCUACAGCUGGUGCCAGUGCUUCUGCCAGCUCUUCCAGUUCUUCAGGUUCAUUUGGUUAUGGUCGUUAAGCCAUCGAAUCUUAUGCUCUUUUCAUAGCAUUUCAUAUAAAUUUGUAUGUUUAAGACUUUUUGUUAACGAAAUAAAGAUUUUUUUUAAAGAUAAAAA